AUGCUCACUCCUUAGUGAAUUACUAGUACUCUAGUACAGCGAACCGUCAAACUUUUGAUUCUCCUUUUUUUCUACCCACUUUGGUGGUUACCGGUACGGCUGAGUUACGGGUUCACAGCUCACUUUUGAAAGAAGGCAGCGAGGGGAUCCGUAACACUGGCACUGGUAUUGGACGUUUUUAGUGGGGUUGCGCUGUAUAUGCGCCAUUUAUACGACUAAAAAGGGAGGUGGGAAAGCGAAGCCCUUGGAUUCGUCCGCAUUGCUGGUGUUUUGAAUUCUGGUACUCGAGUCCAGCGCGAGCGCGGCAGAAUUAGUGAGCUUCUCUGGGGCUUCUGGGCGAGGUUUCCUAUAUUUCUCCCCGUUGUCUCUUCCCCAACAUAGCAUACGGGCUGUGCAAAUUCGUAAUUCGUCCGGGGCUCGCUGAUGUUGCCAACACAGAAAGGUCUUCUUGGCGUGACUUCCCCAAUGAUUUACAUCCCGCCUUUCCGGUGGGGAGCGGAAAACUGCGGGACCGACUUUCUACGGUCCGAUUGGGAAUACUGGAAUUAUUCUUAUCAGCCAAUUGGACACCGAUUGGUGUUCAUUCACGAGGCUGAGGUUGAUAUUUCUACCCCGCGUUUUAAAUUCUUGCUCGCAUCCUUUGACUGCCCCAGCCCUGGAUUCGCGCCUCCCUACUAAAAACAGCUUUACUUCUUACCUCGGGCUUCUAAAGGAUUAUCCGAUAUCAACAUGGAGCGAGAAAUACUCCCUAGCCCUGGAUUUGCUCCCUUCCCGGAGGUUCCACGGGACAGGACAGUCUUUGGUGACGUGCUAUCCGCCUUGGAUACGCUCGGUGGGGCGGUAAAACGGCUAGAAAGCCAUCCGCUAGCUUCAGAAAACCUAUCCGAGAGACUGCAAAAGGUCGAGGAUGCGGCGGUAUUGAAGGAGGAGCUCGGUAGGCUUUGUUCUCGCUUCGAGGUGUGUGAAGGCAGGGUAUCGGAGGUUGCGGGUCGACUGGAAGCGGUGGACUCGGAGGUCACGGAUGAAGUGAGAGGUUUAGGAAGUAGCCUGGGCGGGAUCUUGGAGAGGCAGGAUGUCGCCAGGAUGAGGGUCGAAGCCUUGGACAGGGUUUGUCGGGAAUUGAAAGAAAGCGUCCAGAGCAUGAGAGAGGAUUUCCUUGCCUUGGGGAAUAAUAUUGGUAGCUUGACUAGCCGGAUAGAGGCCUACGAGGAGAAGGUGAUGAAGCUUGGGGAUGGCUUGAAAUUGGCUCACUCGGUGAUGGCGCAGGAGAGGGAUAGGUUAUCUAUCACAAGGAACAAGGUGGAUGAGAUCACCGAGGCACAGAACGAGGUUGAUCUGCGUGUCGCGGGGUUGGAAAGAGGCUAUCGGAAUAUGGAUGAGGUCGUCCAAUCCGUGAAGAGCCAUUCAUUUUUCACGAACGUGACGGAACGAGUCAGCGUCCUGGAGCGACGAAACGGGGAAUUGACUGAGGCUGUAGAAACGCUCGUGAUGAUAUCGGAGGAGGCGGCUGCAAGAAAAGCUAAGGGUCUGCGGGGAUCCCGGUUCACAAAAACUCGAGACGAUAUGAACCCAAUGUAUGUUUUCUUAAUUUCCCCUUACUCCCUUCCCUCGUGUUGAGCCGACUAAUGGGCAUGCAGAACCCACAACGUCCUGAAAAAGGGUAGAAAUCUGGGAGUAGGCCCCCUUGGGAGCGUAGAUAUUGCUCUGUGGAGGGAUUGGGUUGGAAGCAGGAUUGAAAAUCUUCCCCAGAGCCGAGCUGAGAUAUACCAUUUAUCCCGUUGGUAACCUCCUCAUGCGUACACAUUUAUAACCCUAGGAUCUCUUAACUAACCAACGCCAUUUCCCCCGCGGACAAAACCAGGCAAGACUGCGCAAGACCUCCGAUUCGUGACAUCCCGUUACAUGGAUGACCUCGAACUGAGAUGCAAGCACAGGCUGGGCCUGGCCGACGAGGUCAAACUAAGGCAAUGGGCGAUCGCGGUGGUGCUCUUGGUCAUGUUUUUUGGAUUCAUCCUGAUGGUAAGGGUCGCCCUUUUUUCUACCGGUAGGGCAGCACUACCCAGCAGUAGUUAAGCAGCGAUUCUGGGAUAGUUUUGGGUAUUUCACUAACCGAUGCCAAGCGAUAUAUUUUUCAGCGGACGACCGAACACGAGCCGAUCGUGGAUUAUGAGGGGUUACGGCAGUAUUUGAGGGGGGUGUGACCGGAGGUGUAUUUUGUGUUUCUUUGGUCAUUCGUUGGGCACGCGUGGGGGGGUAUGAUCGAUAUAGGGAUGAUAUAUUACAGGAAUUAAUGAUCAUUUCCAUAGAAGGUUUAAACAUCAAUUUCAUUGCACUGUAUUAUCAUG